UUAAGGUUAUGUUUACCAUCCGUCCGGUCCGUUCAUGAAGUUUUUAAAAACUUUAAUUAAAGUUUUGAGUUAGAAUACACGACCCCUGCCGUAGGUCAAGCUGAGUGAUAUAAUAACAUAUCGAAAGAAACAACUGAACGUCCUUUCAGUCCAUUAUUACAAGAGCAACUGACAAGUCAUGGCCGCCAAUGGGAAAUUAGCUCUUCUGAGCGUAUCAGACAAGACUGGUCUGAUUCCUCUGGCCAAGUGUCUGUCGGACAUCGGCCUGACUCUCGUGGGCAGCGGUGGCACGGCCACGGCUCUGAAGAAUGCGGGGCUCAAGGUCCUGGACGUGGCCGACAUCACCGGGGCACCGGAGAUGCUUGGAGGCAGGGUCAAGACUCUGCACCCGGCUGUUCAUGCGGGGAUCUUGACCAGAUUGACCGCCUCCGACCAGGCUGACAUGAAGCGCCAGAAGUUCGACAUGAUCAGUGUGGUUGUCUGCAACCUGUACCCCUUCGUCGAAACCAUCUCCAAGCCCGACGUCACCAUCCCUGAUGCUGUAGAGAACAUCGACAUCGGAGGCGUCACUCUGCUGAGGGCUGCAGCGAAGAACCAUGACAGAGUCACUGUGAUCUGCGACCCUAGUGACUACGACAAGGUUAUUGCUGAGCUGAAGGAGACCAAGACACACCAGACGGCUUUGGAGACCAGACAACGCCUGGCGCUGAAGGCUUUCACGCACACGUCUGAGUACGACGUGGCCAUCUCCGACUACUUCCGCAAGCAAUACUCGGCUGGACAGGCGCAGAUGACCCUGCGUUAUGGCAUGAACCCCCACCAGAAGCCCGCACAAGUGUUCACCACCGGCGACCGCUUACCCCUGACCACUGUAAACGGAUCCCCCGGGUUCAUCAACCUGUGUGACGCUCUCAACGCGUGGCAACUAGUCCGUGAGCUGAAGGAGGCUCUCGGUCUGCCGGCCGCUGCCAGCUUCAAGCACGUGUCGCCUGCGGGUGCCGCCGUCGGACUGCCGUUGACUGAGGAGGAUGCAUUCGUAUGCAUGGUCCAAGACUUGCUCCCCAAGCUGACUCCGCUAGCUUCAGCCUACGCCCGCGCUCGCGGCGCCGACCGGAUGAGCUCUUUUGGAGAUUUCAUCGCGCUGUCGGACGAGUGUGACGAGAUCACUGCCAAGAUCAUCUCGAGGGAGGUGUCGGAUGGAGUGAUUGCGCCUGGUUACACUGAUGCCGCGCUCGCUCUGCUGAAGAAGAAGAAGGGAGGGAACUACUGCGUUUUGAAGAUGGACCCAACCUACGAGCCCUCUCUCCUCGAACAAAAGACGAUCUUCGGCCUCACCCUAGAGCAGAGACGCAACGACGCAAAGAUCGACCGUUCCUUGUUCAGCAACAUCGUGACUAAGAACAAGAGUUUGCCGGAAGCAGCUGUGCGCGACCUCAUUGUCGCCACCAUCGCGCUCAAAUACACACAGAGUAACUCGGUCUGCUACGCCAGGGAUGGACAGGUCAUCGGCAUUGGUGCCGGCCAACAAUCCCGCAUCCACUGCACCCGCCUAGCCGGCGACAAGGCCGGUAACUGGUGGCUGCGUCGCCUGCCGCGGCUGCGCGACGUGCGGUUCAGCGCCGCCGCCACCCGCGCCGUGCAGUCCAACGCCGUAGACAAUUAUGUCAACGGGACCGUCGGCACAGACCUCCCCCUAGAGCAAUGGAACGAGUUGUUCGAGGGCGCCCCGCCGGCGCUGCUCACGGAACAAGAGAAGCGCGACUGGCUCAAGAAGUUGGACGGAGUGGCGCUGGCGUCGGACGCCUUCUUCCCCUUCAGAGACAACAUCGAUCGCGCUGUGCAGAGCGGCGUAGCCUACAUCGGCAGUCCUGCUGGCUCCAACAACGACAAGGAAGUGAUCGAGGCGUGCAACGAACACAACAUCACGCUGGCACACACCAACCUGCGACUAUUCCACCAUUAAUCACUGUUUAGUCUUUACUCUUUAAAAAAUUGCCGAAAAAGGUCUAAGGAAAAAGUCAUGAUGACAAUAUGACAUGGUAACAUCCUUAUGUUAGUUAGGCUUUUGUUUUAGACACGGUUAUGGCAUAGCCAUAGCAGUGACAAUUAAAUCAUGUUUAAUGUUUUGUAUCGAUAUAAGGUUUAUUUAGAUGAGCUUUUUUUAUUAAUAUGUAUUGUGCAUGAACGCAAAACUCGAAUCAAGGUGAUGGAUGAAGAUAUGAUAUGAUAUUUUAUUGAAUGUCUUCCAGUAUAUACCUACAUUUGUUAUACAUAUAAGUACAACGUACAAAAACCCGCCAUAGACGGUUAACAUAUAUUUUUUAGUAUCUCUUCUCUUAUUAUCUAAAGCUCGCGAUCAUUCCGAGUGGGUACAUUAUAAUAUGUACCUCAAUUAUGUGCCUUAUUAAAAUUAUGUAAAACAUAAUUGCUUAAGUAUUUCUUUAAUAAUAAACUGUGUAAGUAAU